GGUUCUCUUCGAUCUCCAUGGCUCGGCAACAAACCCAGCCGAGAUCCGAGGCGACGAACAAGAUCGCACUGGCGUCGCUGUCUGCAAUGGUGGCGGAAACCACCACCUUCCCAAUAGAUAUAACCAAGACGAGGCUUCAGUUACAGAGCAUAUCCCAUUCAACAACUCGCCCAAUCUCAGCAUUUCAGGUCGCCGCCGACAUCGUUCGCAAAGAAGGCCUAGUAGGACUGUACAAGGGCUUGUCGCCUGCCGUUAUUAGACACCUCUUCUACACACCGAUUCGGACCGUUGGUUACGAGCAAUUGCGUCACGCUUUCCUCACUGAUGGUAAUCUGUCUCUUUCUCUGCCAAGUAAGGCGCUCAUUGGAGGGAUUUCCGGCGUUAUUGCUCAGGUUGUGGCUAGCCCUGCUGAUCUGGUUAAAGUUAGGAUGCAAGCAGAUGGCCGUAUGGUUAGCCAAGGUCUCCAGCCAAGGUACACAGGCCCAGUUAAUGCUCUACACAAGAUUAUUGGCAGUGAAGGCUUUAAAGGACUUUGGAGAGGCGUUUUUCCGAAUGUUCAAAGAGCCUUUCUAGUAAACAUGGGAGAAUUAGCUUGUUAUGAUCAUGCAAAACGAUUUGUUAUUCAGAAACAGAUUGCUAGUGAUAACAUUUUUGCCCACACUUUGGCCUCUAUGAUGUCGGGCCUUUCAGCUACCAUUAUAAGCUGCCCUGCAGACGUCGUGAAAACAAGAAUGAUGAAUGAAGAAGGUAAGUUGAAGUAUAAGAGCUCCUAUGACUGUCUUGUGAAGACGGUUAGAUUUGAAGGAUUAAGAGCAUUGUGGAAAGGGUUCUUUCCUACAUGGGCAAGGCUGGGUCCUUGGCAAUUUGUGUUUUGGGUGUCUUACGAAAAAUUCCGAUUAAUCGCAGGGCUUCCUUCUUUUUGACUAACAUCUUUCUGAUAUUUCUUGAUAUUCUCCCAUAGGUUUUGGUUCCUGUCUACUACUUCACAGGUUUCUUGUAUUUAGUUUUCAGCCAUUUGCAGGUUCUAUGUAGAG